AUGGGGUCAAACACACUUGGAAAGGCUGCAACAUUGGAUGAGCUUUUGAACACUUGUAUUGAAAUGUUUGAUGACAAAGGAAAUAGGUGCUCCAACCAUUUGCCAAGAACUUUUCUUUUAAUGCACCGGUGGUAUCUGCCUUCCACAGAGCUGGCUGGCAAGCUUCUGUCCACGUAUAGAGAUGCCAAUGGGGAGAACUGCAAUGAAUUCAGAUUAAAAAUCUGUUACUUCAUGAGAUACUGGAUUUUGGAAUUUCCUGCAGAGUUUAAUUUGGAUCUUGGGCUGGUUCGUUUGACUGAAGAGUUUCGAGAAGUAGCCAGCCAGCUUGGAUAUGAGGAUCACAUCCACCUCAUUGAUAUCUCCAGCAUUCCUUCCUAUGACUGGAUGAGAAGAGUUACACAGAGAAAGAAGAUUUCCAAGAAAGGAAAAGCCUGCCUGCUGUUUGACCAUCUGGAGCCCAUUGAGCUAGCUGAACAUCUUACUUUUCUGGAGCAUAAAUCUUUCAGGAGAAUUUCUUUCACAGACUACCAAAGCUAUGUGAUCCAUGGCUGCUUGGAGAACAAUCUUACUUUGGAGAGAUCUAUUGCUUUAUUUAACGGUAUCUCCAAAUGGGUCCAGCUCAUGGUUCUCAGCAAACCAACACCCCAGCAAAGGGCAGAAGUAAUCACAAAGUUUAUCAAUGUUGCACAGAAGCUCCUUCACCUCCAGAACUUCAACACACUGAUGGCAGUUGUGGGAGGUCUGAGCCACAGCUCUAUUUCUCGUCUGAAAGAAACUCAUUCUCAUCUCUCUUCUGAAGUCACAAAGGACUGGAACGAAAUGACAGAGCUGGUCUCUUCCAAUGGAAACUACUGCAACUACCGCAAGGCUUUUGCUGACUGUGUUGGCUUCAAAAUUCCUAUUUUAGGAGUUCAUUUGAAAGACUUGAUUGCUGUCCAUGUCAUUUUCCCUGACUGGAUAGAUGAGAACAAAGUUAACAUAGUGAAAAUGCAACAGCUUUCCAUUACCUUGAGUGAACUAGUUUCCCUGCAGACUUCCUCUCAUCAUUUAGAGCCUAAUAUGGAUUUAAUUAACCUGCUAACCCUGUCUCUGGACCUCUAUCACACUGAGGAUGAUAUCUACAAGCUCUCACUGGUGCUGGAACCAAGGAACUCCAAAUCUCAGCCUACCUCCCCGACAACCCCGAACAAGCCAGUAGUGACACUGGAGUGGGCAUCUGGAGUGGUACCAAAACCUGACCCUACAGUCAUUAACAAGCACAUACGAAAGCUGGUGGAUUCUGUCUUUAGGAAUUAUGACCAUGACCAUGAUGGCUAUAUUUCUCAGGAAGACUUUGAAAGUAUAGCUGCCAACUUCCCCUUUUUGGACUCUUUCUGUGUGCUGGACAAAGACCAAGAUGGUCUUAUAAGCAAAGAGGAAAUGAUGGCUUACUUUCUGAGAGCUAAAUCACAGUUCCAGUGUAAAAUGGGACCAGGGUUUAUUCAUAACUUUCAGGAGAUGACCUAUCUUAAACCAACUUUCUGUGAACACUGUGCAGGAUUUCUUUGGGGUAUAAUCAAACAAGGCUACAAAUGCAAAGACUGCGGUGCCAACUGCCAUAAGCAAUGCAGAGACCUGCUUGUGCUAGCAUGCAGGAAAUUUUCCAGAGGAACCUCAGUAGGCAGCAACCAUGGCUCUCUGCCUAGCAGCCCAUCCCUGCCUCCAGUCCAAGAUGACGUAUUUGAGUUUCCCAGUGUUGCUGGGGAACACCAGGACCUCGAUGGCAGAGCUAUCACCCUCGUCACUGGCUCUUCACGGAAAAUUUCAGUGCGGCUGCAGAGGGUGACCACGAGCCAAGCAACACAGACAGAACCACUCUGGCAUGAGGCAGGCUGGAAUGAUUCAGGUUCCCAUACUUUCCCCAAAAUGAAGUCCAAAUUCCAUGGCAAAGCUGGGAAGAACAAAGGCUUUGCAAAAUGGGAGAAUGAAAAGCCCAAUGUGCAGGCUGAUAUAGAGCUAGAAGCUGAGGCCCCACAACACAUACAGGAUCACAAUGGAAUUGAGACCCUCCCAGAAACACAGGAGUCUGAGGACAGCUGA